CUGGACCACCAGGCACUGGGAGACACACACUCGGAAACAUUCACGCAUUCACAAUGCGCUGGCACGAACGCGCACGCGAGCGCACGCUCCUGCCCACAGCCACACAGACCUGAGCUGGCAUCGCAGAGGGCAGCUCCUCUCUCUCGUCUCUGCACUCCUGUGCUCAGCCUUACUGCAGCCCCUCGCGGCAAGCCGAGCUCCUCCGUGCACCACAGCGCACCGCCAUCACCGCCUCCGCCUCCACCAGCGCUUGCCUCGGAGUGUUCCGAACCAGCGCAGCACCCAGACGUGCAGCCCUCAGUCUGGGGAGAGUUUGCAGAACGAACUGACUUUCAGACCAUUAUACCAGGUUCAGUAGUUCAGCAUUUGGUCCUUUGGUGACAAACUGCAGAACAGGACUGCAGACUCUUGCUGAUGUUGGAGGACUUGUUCAGCUUGUCAACUACUGAAAGUUACUCUUUGGACCAUUUUUUGGACUUAACCAAGCAGCCAUUUCUUGGCCAACACAACACCUUCUAAUCCAUCCUCACAAACACACGUCAGACGAAGAAAGUUCACCUGUUUUGCCAUGGCAACGACAGGUAUGCAGCUCCUGGGCCUUGUCCUCUCCAUCAUUGGCUGGGUGGGCGGCUUCCUCGUGUGCAUCAUGCCCAUGUGGCGGGUGACCGCGUUCAUCGGCAACAACAUCGUGACGGCGCAGAUCACGUGGGAGGGCCUGUGGAUGAACUGCAUCGUACAGAGCACCGGCGAGAUCCAGUGCAAGGUGUACGACAGCCUGCUGGCCCUGCCCAGUGACAUGCAGGCGGCGCGCGGCCUCACCGUGCUCUCUGUGCUGCUCUGCACCUUGGCGCUCACGCUUGGCGUGCUGGGGAUCAAGUGUACCAAGUGCGUGGGCCUCCCGAGCCUGGAGGCUCGUCUGGCCCGCGUGGCUGGCGUGAUCUUCGUUGUCGCCGGCUUCCUCUACCUCAUCCCCAUCUGCUGGACAGCCCACUCCAUCAUCAGGGAUUUCUAUGACCCCUACGUGGCUGCCCCACACAAGCGCGAGCUGGGCCCUGCCCUCUACCUUGGAUGGGGCGGCUCCGCCCUGAUGCUCAUCGGUGGGUCUCUGCUCUAUGCAGGAUCAAGUCCCCCGGGGAUCCCCUCCUCCCCCACCUUCAGCAGCGGUGAGAGCAGCCCUCGUAGGGCUGGGGGAUCCACGCAGGUCAAAGGUUAUGUUUAACAGCCCACAACAGCAGCACUCAAUCCCCAAAUCAACUCUGUUAGUUUUCCCCAUCGUUAUAGAUCCCAGUUGAUUUUUAAUAUAUUUUUUAUUACUUAGUGUCGUCAACCAGUUGUAGCUGAUGUGAUUGGGAAAUGUGAAAUGAUUUUGUUUUCCUUUAUGUUGUCAUUCUAUAACCCUGUCUGUGUAUUUACCCAUGUGUAAAAUAAUAAAGAUAUCAGCCCUCCAAAGCCUC